AGUUCCCAGGAGAGGCCAUGGGGAGCAGCGUGGCUGCCGCUGUCCCAGCCUGUGCACGUACUCCCAACACUCGUGUGCACGGAGGCUCCUUGGGGCCCUUGAUCCUCCCGUCUUGACUCUGCUGUGGCUCAGGCUGGACCAGAGGACCCUGGGGGAGCCUCAGAGAGCUCCAGCCUGCCUGGGCUGCGCUAACGGCUAGCCCGCCCGCUGGCCCGCCCUCAGAGGCACCGAGCACCUCCUGGCUUCUCUCCAGUGGCAAACCCAGAGCUGAAGCGCUGCAGCAUGGCGCGCGGCUGCCUCCAGGGCGUCAAGUACCUCAUGUUCGCCUUCAACCUGCUCUUCUGGCUGGGAGGCUGCGGCAUCCUGGGUGUCGGCAUCUGGCUGGCUGCCACGCAGGGUAACUUCGCCACCCUGUCUGCCUCCUUCCCGUCCUUGUCGGCUGCCAACCUGCUCAUCGUCACCGGCACCUUCGUCAUGGCCAUCGGCUUCGUGGGCUGCAUUGGGGCCAUCAAGGAGAACAAGUGCCUGCUGCUCACUUUCUUCGUGAUGCUGCUGCUGGUGUUCCUGCUGGAGGCCACCAUCGCCAUCCUCUUCUUCGCCUACACAGACCAGAUCGACAGGUACGCCCAGCGAGACCUGAAGAAGGGCCUGCACUUGUAUGGCACCCCGGGCAACGUGGGCCUCACCAACGCCUGGAGCAUCAUCCAGACCGACUUCCGCUGCUGCGGGGUCUCCAACUACACCGACUGGUUCGAGGUCUACAACGCCUCGCGCGUGCCCGACUCCUGCUGCCUGGAGUUCAGCGAGAGCUGUGGGCUGCACGCGCCCGGCACCUGGUGGAAGGCGCCAUGUUACGAGACGGUGAAGAUGUGGCUCCAGGAGAACCUGCUGGCCGUGGGCGUCUUCGGGCUAUGCACGGCGCUGGUGCAGAUCUUGGGCCUGACCUUCGCUAUGACCAUGUACUGCCAGGUGGUGAAGGCCGACACCUACUGCGCAUAGGCUGCCUGCUGCCCGCCACCCCCGCUUCGCUGCCAAAGGACAUCGCCCACCAGGGAGACGACCACAUCCCCACCCACCUCUCCCA